GCAGAUCGAAAGGCUACCUCAUAACCCGUACCACAAUUACUUAUACCUAUUCAACUCUCCUUUGUUCCAUUCAGCAGAGGCUGCGCCUGGAAGCCUCAGUUACCUCGCACGGCUGCGCUCACUCCAAGCGCACGCCGACACUGUGCUGCCUCGCGUUUUCUGCCUGACCACCACCGCAUGAGAACACCCCACAAUCACUUCAUCGUCGCAGCCAUGGCGCGCGUCUACGCCGAUGUCAACGCUAACAUGCCUCGGUCUUACUGGGAUUACGACUCGGUAUCUAUCUCUUGGGGUAUUCUGGAAAAUUACGAAAUUGUGAGGAAAAUUGGAAGAGGGAAAUACUCGGAAGUCUUCGAAGGCAUUAAUGUUGCCAACUAUCAGAAAUGCGUCAUCAAAGUGCUAAAGCCGGUCAAGAAGAAGAAGAUAAAACGCGAGAUCAAGAUCCUACAGAACCUUUCCGGGGGCCCAAACAUCGUCGCACUUCUGGACGUGGUGCGGGACAGUCAGAGCAAGACACCCAGCCUGAUAUUUGAAAAUGUGGACAAUACCGACUUCAGGACCCUCUAUCCGCGAUUUGUCGACUACGACGUGCGGUAUUACAUUUUUGAAUUGCUCAAGGCGUUGGAUUUCUGCCACAGCAAGGGUAUCAUGCAUCGAGACGUCAAACCACACAAUGUGAUGAUCGACCAUGCAAAGAGAAAGCUGAGACUGAUUGAUUGGGGUUUGGCUGAAUUCUACCACCAAGGAACGGAGUACAAUGUCAGGGUCGCAUCACGAUACUUCAAGGGUCCCGAAUUGCUGGUUGACUUCCAGGAAUACGAUUACUCUCUCGACAUGUGGUCAUUAGGUGCCAUGUUUGCCUCCAUGAUCUUUCGCAAAGAGCCCUUCUUCCACGGCAACAGCAAUUCCGACCAACUGGUUAAAAUCGCAAAAGUGCUCGGUACAGAUGAUCUCUUCGAAUACCUUGACAAAUACGACAUUGAACUUGAUGCGCAAUACGACGACAUCCUGAGCAGAUUCCCUAAAAAGCCAUGGCAGAGCUUUGUCAACGCUGACAAUCAGCGGUUUGUCAGCCCAGAAGCCAUCGACUUCCUUGACAAGCUACUCAGAUACGAUCAUCAGGAACGACUCACAGCUCAAGAAGCUAUGGCGCAUCCUUACUUUGCACCAGUACGGAAUGCAGCAGCACAACAAAAUUCACAGAACCACGUUUCUUGACGCAAGCAGGGAUGAGCUAUUGCAAAUAUUCCGUCCACGAUCGUACAGACGAUCACUAUUCACACGGCCGGGUGUCUGUUAAGACCACGAGUAGGACGAAACGAGUGAUGAGAGAUGACAUCGCAGUGGCCGUGACUAUGAAGGUGGCAAGGCCCCCAAAGGGACCAAGGAGACACAGGUCGGGUAAUUGAGAGAGACAUGAGGGGACCGAAUCGAGCAUACAGACCAGGAUAGAGUGUGUUGCAGGUACUCGACUCAAUCGUGAUGCUACUAUUACUUUAAUCAAACAUAGAUCCGCC